GACAAAUUCGCUCGAAAAGAAGGUGUCAAAAUGCCGUUAGCACCAAAUGCACUGCUUACUUACGACUUUACAUAAAAACUGCAACACAAUCCUAAAUGUCGCCUGACGGACACCUGACUGACGGAUCACGGUUUCCCUAACCUUUUUGUUUUUCUUCUCCCAAAUAAAUCCUCCCGCUUCUUCUUCGUUGCCCAACAUCACCUCUACCCCCGUCUCUCGUAUCUCAAUCCCAUCUUCUCCUUUACAAUCCCUUUUUCUUACCCUCUAAUACCUUCUUGUAUUACGAUACUUCAUCCUUCUCCACAAUGCGUGAAAUCGUGCACCUCCAAACUGGCCAGUGUGGUAACCAAGUUGGUACCGCCUUCUGGCAAAUAAUCUCCGGCGAACAUGGCCUCGACGCGUCUGGAGUGUACACUGGUUCGAACGACCAAGAACUGGAGCGGAUGAAUGUCUAUUUCAAUGAGGUCGGCAACCAGAAAUAUGUUCCCCGCGCGGUCCUCGUGGACUUGGAGCCCGGCACGAUGGACGCCGUCCGUGCUGGUCCGUUUGGACAGCUUUUCCGACCGGACAACUUUGUAUUCGGCCAGUCAAGCGCGGGAAAUAACUGGGCAAAGGGUCACUAUACCGAAGGUGCUGAGUUGGUUGACUCUGUUGUGGAUGUGGUUCGUCGUGAAGCCGAAAGCUGCGACUGUCUGCAAGGCUUCCAGAUCACGCACUCCCUUGGAGGUGGUACUGGUUCCGGUAUGGGAACUCUUUUGAUUUCGAAGAUCCGUGAGGAAUUCCCGGAUCGCAUGAUGGCUACAUUCUCUGUGGCGCCUUCGCCGAAGGUCUCGGAUACGGUGGUGGAGCCGUACAACGCCACAUUAUCUGUUCAUCAACUGGUGGAGCAUUCCGAUGAGACGUUUUGCAUCGAUAACGAGGCCCUCUACGACAUCUGCCACCGCACCCUAAAACUGUCUUCUCCUUCCUAUGGCGACCUUAACCACCUGGUCUCGGCAGUCAUGUCUGGUGUUACCGUCAGUCUUCGAUUCCCUGGUCAACUUAAUUCGGACCUGCGAAAACUGGCUGUGAACAUGGUGCCCUUCCCCCGGCUUCAUUUCUUCAUGGUGGGCUUUGCACCACUGACCAGCCGAGGAGCCCAUUCAUUCCGCGCAGUCUCCGUACCUGAAUUAACCCAACAGAUGUUCGAUCCCAGAAACAUGAUGGCUGCGGCUAAUUUCCACAACGGCCGCUUUUUGACUUGCUCCGCGAUCUUCCGUGGAAAAGUCUCGACGAAGGAGGUCGAAGAUCAAAUGCGUGGCGUCCAGACUAAGAACAGCGGCUACUUCGUUGAAUGGAUCCCGAACAAUAUUCAAACCACGGUCUGCUCCGUGCCUCCUAGGGGCCUGAAGAUGGCUUCAACCUUUAUUGGUAAUUCGACAUCCAUCCAGGAGCUGUUCCAGCGUAUCGGCAACCAGUUCACUAGCAUGUUCCGUCGCAAGGCAUUCUUGCACUGGUACACCAGCGAGGGUAUGGACGAGAUGGAGUUUACGGAAGCGGAAAGCAACAUGAAUGACUUGGUGUCGGAAUACCAGCAAUACCAGGAAGCCUCUAUCGAUGAUGAGGAGGAGAUUGGAGAGUAUGGUGAGGAGGAGGAGCUCGAGGAGCACUAGUUAUCUCGUCACUAAUUGCGGCACGCGUGGGAACUGCAAGACCCUCCUUUCAUCUUAUUACAUACUUUGGUAAUGAUAGUGCAAAAGUUACUGCCAUCCAAAACCUUUUACCUUCUAUCCGGUCUUGCCAUGCUCUGGAACUGCUAAGAGCUUUGUUAUGAUGGAAUUGUUU